AUGAAGUCGGCUUGGGCCCGACUCGUUGCUCUUGGCGCGGCGGUUGAUGCCUGCUUGCUACCUUGGGAACUGGAAGGGCAAGCAGUCCCCGAGAACCUUAAGCGCCAAGUUGGGACCGUACCGACCCCUAUAGGGGAGGGCAACCGAUGGGAGAAUGGCGAUAUACCCCGCGGUCUUGGAACACAGCCGCGGAACUCCAGCAUCGACACCAUCAUGUCUACUACCGAGAUCCGUUCAGCGGUCGAAGCCCUCAUCAAAGAGUUCGAGCUCGAGCUUAUCGAGACACCAGAGGAGACGCAUGACGGCCAGAUCAUGUUCGGCGCCAAGGUUGGCCAGGCAGGGUGUAACGGCUCUUACCGCACGUUGCUCACGGCAGGCAUUCAUGCGCGCGAGCGAGGCGGGCCCGACAAUCUCGUGUACUUCAUCGCUGACCUACUCUGGGCAAGAAGGGAAGGCACAGGUGUGGCGUAUGGAGGGAGGUCUUUCACCCCGGAAGAGGUAGAUAAAGCGCUGCAAGCAGGCAUCAUCUUCAUGCCCAUGUUGAACCCCGACGGCAUCGCGCACGAUCAGGCCGAGGGAGACUGCUGGCGAAAAAACCGAAACCCAGACGGGCCGGUCGAUCUGAACCGCAACUUUGACAUACUGUGGGAUUACAAGACCAAGUUUAUCGAAGGAGUAGGCAUCAGCGUGGCCUCGGAUAACCCGACGCACGAAACCUACCACGGCGUCGAGCCGUUCUCGGAGCCCGAGUCGCGCAACGUAAAGUGGAUCAUGGAGGAAUACCCCACGAUCUCCUGGACGCUCGACAUCCACUCCUUUGCCGGACUAGUGUUAUACUCGUGGGGAGAUGACUACAAUCAAGCCAGCGACCCCGAUAUGAACCCGUUCAACCCAGCGUACGAUGGCAAGCGUGGGCUCGCGGUGGACCAGCCCGGCCAGGAAUACAGGGCAUAUAUGCCGUUGGAUGUAUGGCGGAAUGAUAGCUUCGUCGCCUUGCGUGUUGCCGAUGCUAUGAACAGCGCUGUGGACGGACGACACGUUGAGGCCACGCAAUCCGUGAGCUUAUAUCCGUCUUCGGGCUCGCUGGCCGACUGGAUGUCGGCGCAACAUGUCCUAAAUGAGGACAACGGCGUCACCCACGGCUUCACCAUUGAGUUUGGCAGGCAGGCCGGCGGGAGGUGCCCCUUUUACUCGGACGUCGGCGCUUUCAACGAUAACAUUCGCCAGAUGGGCGCCGGCCUUAUGGAGCUCCUGGUGGCCGCUGCAGAUACAGGGCUCGGGGAUCUAAGCUGCGAUGCGGUCCCCUGA